AUGGACUAUCAAUACAAGUCAAUCAACAGAGGUGAACACUCCAUCUUUGGUCAGAUCAGAAAACAAGGCGUGGAUCCGGAGAACCAUGUGUUCGUCUUCAACCUUCGCUCCUAUGAUCGACUCAACAAAACACCAGCGAUGAAGAAGAUGGAAGAUGAAUCUGGUGUUACUUACCAAGAAGUACAACGUGCUCAAGCUGAAGAAAUCAUGGCUUCGGGUGUUCACGGAGGUGCUGAAUCAUCCUCAUCAGAUGAGGGCGAAUCUGAAGACGACGAGAAAGAGCACUAUUCGAGCCGCAAGAAGAAGUUUGAGGCCCGUAGAGCGGCAGCUGGCCUUAGAAAAGAUCAGGUCAUCAGCGAAGACAGUGUGGCUAAGAACGCUAUGUUGGGGGAGAAGAAGGUCAGCGAGGAGAAGUGGGAUGAAAAUGACCCGGAGCAGGAGAAGGCGAACUGGGUUCAAGAAGAGCUCUACGUCCAUGGCAAAGUGAGUCCAUUGUUGUCUUCGAACGCUACAUAA